AGCUGACCACAUUUUGGGGUCAGACAACUUCAGAGAUCGGGCAUUGACCUUGCGGCCGGGGGCACGGCGAAAAUUCUUUACAGGAAAAUAUAGUCCCUGGCUCAUUUAAGAGGUAAAGAAGUAGUCCGUGCGCCACCAUGAGUAAAAGGGUGACGAUCGCGGCUGUGUUUGAGGACAAUGAUGAUGCGGGGGCGGUGCAGGAAGCCGUCACAUCGGCCAUGUCAGCCAUGACCAGUAGUGACUGUCUCGUGUGCGGAGAGAAGGCCUCCGGGUUCCACUACGGUGUCUUCAGCUGCGAGGGUUGCAAGGGUUUUUUCCGCCGAAGUGUAACCCGCGGUCAUGUGAAAGUGUGCAAAUGGGGGAACCAGUGCAGUAUGGACCUGUACACCAGGAGGAGAUGUCCUGAGUGUCGACUCAGGUCAUGUAAGGCUGCCGGGAUGAGACCUGACUGUUUGCUUUCCCAGGCCCAGCGAAGGUCAAAAGCGAUGUGGCGGAAAAUUCAAGAGACAAAUAAUCCAGCAAAGACCCCCGCUGGUACAACCACCAACGCAACCGCCACUCAAGACCAACCAAAAGUGCCACCAGCCAAUCAGAGCUCAGAACAACCGUCACCAAGGUUACCGGUACCAGAGAGUGUGGCCGACUCCACCCCUAGGCCUAGCUCGACGGUUAGCUGCCCUCAACUGCAGGACGUUUCAUCUUCGGUUGCUGUUCCUCUAACAGAACAGGAGAUAAAGGUUGAACAGUUGUCCCCGCCUGCCAGGCAGGUAGCGUCGUCCUCCAUUUCGCCAACGGGCCCUCCCAUGAGCAAGCAGGCCUUCCACGCCUUCGCAGCCAAGGCCGGCAAAGACAUGAUGUCCUUUCUGUCCGUCUUGGCGACAGAUCCAGAGGUCCUGUCCCAACCAAUCAAAGAAAACAUCACGGACGUACCACGGCGCUGUGCGAACAGUUCGACGGAUCCCAGCACGUCAUUGAGUACCUCCCCUGCUUCUGACACCGCCGCGUCAAAGCCGUCCACGUCUGCUGAAGGACUUUCACGGUCCCCAGCCGCCGUCGUUUCGUCAACCAAUGCAACCAGUCUGAAGCUUCCGUUCUUGACGAAAUCGCUCGCAGCCAAGACAACGCCACCUCCUCAGGCGACAGCGUCGUGUUCGAGAACAAGCGAUGUCGCCUUUUGCAGCACGGCUGUUAAAGACGACAGUAAAACUGCCUCCAUUGCAGCCAUUAUACCAAACAAAGGACCCAGCUUUGUACAGCACCUUACCGCACAAAAUCUGGCAAUAAUUUCAGAAAUUCUGGCGCACAAGGAAAGAACGGUGGAGGAAGGGCGUCAAAACAUGCUCAGAAUCUGGCAGGAAACGAAUGCUUGCCAGACGGUGGAAGAGAAGAGGAUGUGCCAGAUAAAGCACAUGAACAACGGGGUAGGGAAAGUCAUCGCCUUCAUCAAAACACUGAGAGGCUUCAACGACCUCUCCAUAGAGGACCAGGUGGCUGUGGUCAAGGGGUCCAUAUUCGAAUACUUUUUGAUAAGGGUGUGCCUAGUCUUCAAAGAGUCUGGUUUGGGACUUCAGGACCUACACGGGUUGCUAUCUACCAUGUACAGUGAGGAAUCCAUGACGGCGUUUAAGAAGUGGUUUGAAGGCAUCUGGAGGCUGAACCUGGACCCUGUCACCUUUUACCUGCUCCUCACUGUGGUGGUCCUGUCUCCAGAUCGUGCAAACAUCGUGAACGUGUCCGCGCUGGAGAAGUCUCAGGCCCAGUACCUGGAGUGCCUGCAGGCGUACUGUAAGGUGUCGUACCCCGACCAGCCGCUCAUGUUCCCCAGGCUCAUGGGCAAGCUGACGGAGGUACGGGACGUCGGUCUGGUGGUGGAGAAAUGUCUGCACAACGACUGUAAGGCCAUCCUGAAGAAACAACCGGUCUUACCGGAGAUAUGGGACCAGGACUAGAGUCUUACUGAUAUAAAAAAAAGAUAGUGUAAUUUAUACAGGCCACAGCAAUGCAAUGUUUUGGUCUUCGGGAUCUCCUGAUUCUUUUUUUUUCUGAGGCCAUGUUGAUUUGAUUGUAAUUUAUUUGGAUGACAUCCUCUGCGAACCCA